AGUACACCGCGCGCAUCGAAAACGGACUGUUUUAGCACUGGCCACAUCGCCUCCAUCUGUGGCCCCCAUCGCCAUUGGAAACCGUUGUGUCAACAAAACUUUUUUGUUUACGAAUGUCGUGUGUCGAGAAAUUCAAAGUCAAUUUGAAUUUGCCAUGUGAAAAGUGUGAGGAACUUGGAAAAUAUCGUGUGCUUUAUUAAUUUGUGAUGGGUAAUUGUAUGGCGAGCGUUUUUCGGCGGCGGCGUGUUCGCCGUCAUAUAGUUUUGAUUUUGAUCGGCCUGGACAACGCUGGGAAGACGAAGACUGUGAAUAAUCUGGCCGGCGAGAGAGACGACAAGGUUCUGCCCACAGUGGGCUUUAAGGCUGUGAAUUUAAUACAUAAAGAUACACCUGUGACUAUAUACGACCUUGGGGGAGGGCCACAUUUUCGCCAGAUAUGGUCUCAGUACUACAGCGAGGUACAUGGUGUGAUAUUUGUUAUCGACUCGAGCGAUUUUUCACGGUUGGACGAAUGCAGAGUUGUGUUGGAAGAGGUUUUAUCGCACGACAAAAUAUCAGGUAAACCAGUUCUGGUGCUGGCCAACAAACAGGACAAGACUGGAGCCCUAGACGACAUAGAUGUGGUCGAAAAACUCAACAUUGAACCUUUGGUGAACAAAUACCGCUGCCCAACCCUCGUGGAAUCCUACAGCGCACAGACCCUAGAACAGUCCAAAAAGGCCAAAAUUGACCCCGGACUCCGCAAGGGCUACCAAUGGCUCUUAAACUACAUCAUACGGCGUUACGGCGACAUAAACUUACGCGUGCAAACCGAUAUACACGCUGACUUAGAGCGCCGCAAGCGAAUGAUGACCAAAGCCUCCAAUAGAGCCUCCCAGACCUUCACGGCAGUCAGCGAUGACAUAGCAACGCAAACGGGCUUCGAAAACCCGAAUUUCGAUCCCAAAUCGCCGGACAUAGACAAUAUAGAGCGAGAGAAAGAUCUGGAACGCGGUGUUAUUAUAGUUAAGCCUAUAACGAACAGCGUUGAUACUACUAUGACUAUAGAAAGCAUGGAUUCUGAUAAUACUAGUGCCAAGCCGAAGCUGUCGCCUUUGUUUGGACGAGCCAGUAAUAGCACGGUUGAGACGGUAAGGAUAGAAUUGGAGUCGAGGAAUGAGUAUAGGAAGCUCUCUCCGAUAGUGAGGAAGAAGUCUGGGAACCAACACAUCGAUUUUAUGAACAGACCGCAGUCCAGCCCCACUUUUAAGAAGAAUUCUAAUAAGACGGAUUCAACCAGCAAAAACUCCUCGUACGUGGAGGAUGAAUCCAAAGAGCAGUACCCGGCCAUGGAUCGUAACGCCACCUGGGACGGAGCGGUAACGAAGCACCGCGUCUUGGUCAACGACGUUGAACUCUCACAGAUGCACCGGGAAAUCGUGCUUACUGAACGUGACUACACCAGCAAGACCGCUUCUUCAGAAGUGGUGUUGCACGCGUCCACGCUGCCGCUGAGCGCGCGGCCCGCGUCGGCGUCGCAGCUGGUGCGGCGUCAGCUGGAGAUCUCCGCGCAGCACAAGCGCCGGCUGAGCUUGCGAUACUACACCAGCAAGCCGGCCUCCUCGGAGGUGGUGCUGCCCGCGUCCACGCUGCCGCUGAGCGCGCGGCCCGCGUCGGCGUCGCAGCUGGUGCGGCGUCAGCUGGAGAUCUCCGCGCAGCACAAGCGCCGGCUGAGCUUGCGAUACAUGCAGCGCAACAAAACCAGUCCCGAACGCGUGUCUAUGCUCAUCUACGAGCCGAAAGCGCAAAGGCACCUCGACAAGGGAGACUUUGAGCACAGCGCAGUCAACUAGCACUGGUUAAAUAAGUUGAUUCAAACGAAUUUAUUGAUUUAAGAUUCGGCGAUUGAGUACGAUUGUACUGUAACUUGUUUUAAUUUAAGUAUAUUAUAUUUAAAAUUAUUAUAUGGAGUACUGUUAACAGGGUAUAGAUAGAUUUAUUCUACGAAUUUAGCGAAAUGAUUAAAAUUUGGUCUGAGUAAAAAAUAUUUGGGAAAAUUUAAAAAUGUACAGUCAAGAAAUACAUAGUAACCUACUACAAAAAAGUUAUGUAUAUUUUUCAUUUAUUUAUUGUAAAAAUUCGUGAAUAACUUUAUUUUUUCAAAUGAUUGCCCCAAAUUAACACCUGUUAAAAUUACGUUAUUGAU